AUGGAACGACUCGAGUCAAAGCAUUUAGACCUCGAUGUGCUGAGCCAAAUGAGUACAUUUGAGGAGCUGAAAGAGUAUGACCAAAUUGUUGGAAGCCAAUACGAUGGAGUUAAUCAUCUUGGGUAUUCUUUGAAGCCGUUUUUGGAUCCAUUCUCUCUUGUAAUCAAGGAAGACGAGGAUCAAUAUCUCAAGAAGCUUUCACGAUUUGCAUGGACGCGUGUAGCCACUCAAAAAUGGGUGCUGUCGACCAAUGUUGGAAGUAGUGCACUAAUACUUGAAAAAAAAGACAAAAUCUAUAUAUGCACAUACAUUCAAAACAAGACAGAUCGACGAAAAAACCCCAGAAAAAAGAACAUUGUAGUACAAUCCGAUACUCUUAUGCAUGCGUUUAAAGGAUCAGACACGUUUAUAACCAAAACACUUGGAUAUACACAUUCUAUGCAACUGGGUUGGAAUGCACCAUGGCGAAACAGUAAAGCGACACCAAAGCAGAUCCAGUUUGCGAAUCAAAUUGGAAUCAGCAAGUAUGUGGAUCUAAAUGGACUAUCGAGAGGGGAUCUGAUGGUACUAUUGACACGAAGGCAAUUUGGAGCGAUUGGAGCAGCCAAGAAAGCGCAAGUCGAGGAUCGUCGACAGAAUACAAUGAAAAACCCCACAGGCAGUCAGCACGAUCCGUUGCUUGCAGUGCCAGUUGGAGCAGCACUGUGAUGAGCAGAAAGAUUACAAUUGCAGAAUUUAAACUAAAAUAAACGAAUUGAUUUUAUAAGAAAGC